AUGAUGAGAUCCUCGCUACUUGUGAUCAGAAAGGGAGAAUCAUUAUUCAAUACGGCAACACGAGGUAAGUGUCAAAUUGAGUUUGCGCUGAAAGCGAAAAACUUGAAAGACAGAAAUAAGAAACGAGGAGAGAAGGAGAUCAAAAAUGAACUACUUCAAAUGGCGCUGCGAGUAGAAGAGAGACACGAGAAGUUGAUUGAAGACGUCAAAUGUCUGAAAAUGAAUGCUCCGAAAACAGAAGGCGAGACAGAGAGCAAAGAAGUUGGAACGGAAAACACGCAUGGUCAGCUCAGUUUGGAUCUCUUCAAAUUGAAACGUACAAUAGCUCGCGGAUUUUUUGGAGAAGUGAAGGAAUACACCUCCAUCAGAACUGGUCGGUCAUUCGCUAUCAAAGAACUAAGAAGGUCACAUGCUCUUAAUGAGAUGUUCAUCAACGACAGAGAGAUCCAGAAUCGCAUGCUCAUCAAGCACAAGCACAUAGUCCGCUUCUUCGGUGCUUUCAAAGAUGAAUCAACAAUCUUCAUCGUUCUCGAGUUGAUGAGCCAGACGUUACGACAAGUGAUGGAGAGCACUGGAAUUAUGGAUGAAGCAUCAAGUGGAGUUGUGGUUAAGGCGGUUGCAAAAGGUCUUCAACAUCUCCAUCGAUUACGUGUUAUUCACAGAGAUUUGAAGCCUGAGAAUAUUUUGUUGAGCUAUGAACGAAUCAAAAUUGGAGAUUUUGGUUUGGCGACUACGAAGACAGGUGAAACUUGGUGUGGAACGCCCGGCUACCAAGCGCCCGAACUGUUCCUUAAGGAAACGCAUGGAACACCGGCCGAUAUGUUUUCUCUUGGAGUCUUGGCGCAUGAGAUGCUCGAAUCAAGUCUUCCGUUCAGUGAACAAUACUGGAAAAAGCACGUCAUUCGGUCAAAUACGCUUCAAUACGUUGCUCCUGCAAAAUUCUCUUGCCAUUUGAAAACUUUGUUGGAAGGUCUUCUAAACAAAUCACCGGUUAAAAGGAUGACAGCAGAUGAUGUGUUGAGAUCGGAUUGGUUGUUCGAUCUGGAGGAAAAAACAGAACGGGAGGAAAUUGAGAGAAUUCUGCGAGAAACCCUCUAG